AUGGCGCCUACCAUCGCGACCCUCAUCAUCGGCGCCGGGCCCAGCGGCCUCUGCGCCGCCAAGACGCUGCUCCAGCACGACCCGGCGGCCGAGAUGCUCAUCGUCGACGGCCGCCCGUCCGUCGGCGGCGUCUGGUCCAAGGAGACCAUCUACCCGAACCUCAAGACCAACAACUUCGUCACGGGCAUCGACUUCUCCGACUUCCCCAUGGACUACGAGCGGUUCGGGCUCAAGAUGUACCAGCACGUGCCCGGCUGGGUGAUGCACGAGUACCUGACCGAGUACGCCAAGCACUUUGGCGUCUGGGACAAGAUCCGGCUGAACACGCGCGUCAUCCGCGUCACGCGCCCCGAGGACGGCGGCGAGUGGAGGGUCGAAGUCGAGGAGAAGGACGGCGUGGCGAGGACCAUAACCUGCGCCCGCCUCAUCGUCGCGACGGGCGUCCUCACCGUCCCCCACGUGCCCGACUUCGCCGGGUCCGGGACCUUCGCGGCGCCCAUCAUCCACUCGUCGGACCUCGGCCCCCGCGCCGACCUCUUCGCGUCCCCGGACAUCACGACGGUGGCGGUUCUCGGCGGCAGCAAGUCCGCCUACGACGCCGUCCACCUGGCGGCGUCGACGGGCCACAAGGUCCGCUGGGUGAUCCGCCGCUCCGGGCGCGGGCCCGUGUGGGUGGCGCCCGGGUUCACGCAGCUCGGCCCCUUCAAGGUGUGGCGCGAGCGGCUCGUCACGCGGCGCAUCUGCGCCUUCAUGUCGCCGUGGCUGUUCCCGGACUUCUCCGGCCUCGAGUGCGUGCGCCGGUUCCUGCACGAGAGCGCCGUCGGGAGGGUCGUCAGCCGGGCCUUCUGGGGGCUGAUCCGGCACGACACCAUCAACGACUGCGGGUACCAGACGGACGAAAGGACCAAGGUGCUGCAGCCCGAGCAGAACCAGUUCUGGUACGGCACCGCGUCUGGCAUCCUCAGCUUUGACGACGACUUCUUCGAGUACGUCCGCAACGGCACGGUGCAGAUCCACCGCGAGGACGUCGACCACCUCUCGGAUCACCGAGUCCACCUCGGCGACGGCACGACCUUCGCCGCCGACUUGCUGGUCGCGUCGACGGGCUUCUCCUCGAAGCCGACCAUCGACUUCGAGCCCGCGUCGCUGCACUCGGACCUCGGCAUCCCGACGACGUCCCUGGGCCCCAAGCAGACGGCCUUCUGGGCCGACGCAGACGCCAAAGCGGACGCCGUCGUCGGCUCGCGGUUUCCGCGCCUCCUGGACGGGCCGUUCCAGAGCCCGACGUCGUCGAAGCCGCGGCCGUUCCACGCGGGAGCCUCGGGCGAGGUGCAGCACACGCCGUGGCGGCUGUACCGGGGCAUCGCGCCGCCCGGGCUCACGGCGCGCGACGACCGGUCGCUCGUGUUCAUCGGGGCCUUUAGCAACCUGGCCAACGUGAUGCGGCUCGAGGCGCAGUGCCUGUGGAUGCUGGCGUACUUUGAGGGCCGGGUGGCGGCGCUCGAGGCUGACAGGCGGGCCGGGCGGGUGUUUGAGGAGACGGCGGUGUUCCAGCGGUGGGCGCAGCACCGGGCGCCGUACGGGCACGGGCGGUGCUAUCCGGACCUCGUGUUCGACCAGUUGCCGUAUUGGGACAUGCUGCUCGGCGAUGUCGGGGUGGAGACGCGGCGCAAGGCCGGCGUGUGGGCCGAGCUGUUUGAGAGCUACACGCCGGUGGACUACCGCGGGAUCGUGGACGAGUGGAUCACGCAGAAUCGGUGA